CAUUGUCAUAUUUUUCUUUCAGCAAUCUUCAUCAAAGAGAAAAUGGAAGGGGGAAAGGAUAAGCAUGACGAAUCUGAUAAAGGAUUGUUUUCGAACUUAGCGCAUGGACUUAUUGGAGGACAUGGAAACCAUGGGGGAUAUCCUCCACCACCCGGGGCAUACCCACCUCCUGGGGCAUACGCUCCACACGGAUAUCCUCCCGCACCCGGCACAUACCCACCACCUGGGGCAUAUGCACCACAUGGAUAUCCUCCCACGUCCAGCACAUAUCCUCCGCAUGGCUAUCCUCAUCAGGGAUAUCCACCUCAUGGUUAUCCACCUUCGGGAUAUCUACCUACCGCUUACCCUGGUCCAUCGGCUCCGUCACAUCAUGGACAUGGAUCUAAAAUGGGAGCGUUGCUGGCGGGUGGAGCUGCUGCUGCUGCAGCAGCUUACGGUGCUUACCAAUCGACGCACGGCCAUCAUCAUACGGGACAUGGAAUGCCCCACUUUGGCCACCAUGGCAAGUUCAAGCAUGGGAUGUUCGGUGGGAAACACGGUAGAUUUGGUGGCAAGUUCAGGAAGUGGAAGUGAUCCACAAUUGCUCGACUCCAUCAGACUUAUCCAUAAAUCCAUACGGUUUUUAUUUUCUUGUUUCUAAGUUCUAUCUUAUCUGCAUCGGUCUCAUUUGUGAUAUGACUGUGUUCGGGCUGUGUUAUCGACCUUAGUACAUUUUAAUCAUAGAUAUUUUUCUUGCACCUGCCAGUGGCAUCCGUGCCCAAUGAUGCCGUUCAUAGUGUUGAAGAGUAUAUUUCUAUUGCCUCCUUACGCCUUGCAAAUGCAUGCACAGUUAUGAGCUAAAUUUUGAUUUGGCUCGACCA